GACAUCGCGAGGUUUGUGGGCAAAAGGCGGAAUAAGACAAAACAACGCGGCUGGGCGUCCGUUAUUUGUCGGUUUACGCCAAACGACAAAAUGUCGAUAUUCGGUAAAUUAUUUGGUAGCAGCGCGAAAAGCGGGAAAGGGCCGACGGCACAGGAAGCGAUCCAGAAACUCCGCGAAACCGAAGAAAUCCUGACGAAAAAACAAGAGUUCUUAGAGAAGAAGAUCGAACAUGAACUGAUGACGGCGAAAAAAAACGGUACAAAAAACAAACGAGUGGCUCUGCAGGCCUUAAAACGGAAGAAGCGUUACGAGACGCAGCUGACUCAGAUCGACGGUACGUUGUCGACCAUUGAGUUCCAGAGGGAGGCGCUAGAGAAUGCCAAUACCAACACCGAAGUGCUGAAGAACAUGGGCUUUGCUGCAGAUGCAAUGAAGGCUGCACACCAACACAUGGACAUAAACAAAGUAGAUGAUCUGAUGGCCGACAUCACUGAACAGCAAGACGUGGCUCGGGAAAUCUCUGAAGCCAUUUCCAGACCAAUUGGCUUUGGGGAAGACUUUGAUGAGGAUGAGCUCCUGGCAGAACUGGAGGAUCUGGAACAAGAAGAGCUCGACCAAAAUCUUCUGAAUGUCAACGCUGAGGACAUGCCGCUGCCCAGCGUGCCUUCAACAUCGCUACCAUCUAGACCAGGUAUGAAGAAGGAGGAAGACGACGACGACAUGGCAGACCUCGAGGCCUGGGCGGCAAACUGAGCCCCUGAUCGCUAGCCACGCCCCUUUCCUUGCCUCUCUCUAUGCUGCCAGAGUGGUUCCUGACUUCUAAAAGGGUUUGAAGAAUUCUGGACUGCUCAGCUGGCUUUUUUUUUUUCUUUCUUAGUCCCGCGUCUCGGUACGUGACCACACUAAACCCUGAAGUCUGCACUUCUGCAUUUGUUCACUCACUGUAAAUCAAAGCAAGAUUACUUUUUUUUUUUUGCAUUGUGCAUGCAAUUUAAAAGUGGCCUAAAAUCCUGCAGAUGUGUAAGAGUGACAUUCACAAACACACUUAAAUGCACUAGUGCAAACUUCCUGGGGAGGGCGUGCGGUGCACCAAGUCCGGGCUUGUUUCAGGGAGGAAUGCAGACAAUCACAGAAUGUGUGAGGACAGAAAAACAACAAAACAAAACUGAAUGAAAACAUGACAGCACCAUUUUUCAGCUUCUUGCCUCGCCGUCUCUGCACAGCUCAGAGAGUGCGACCGUUUUGUCCUCUGCACCAUC